AUGGCAGAAGGAGGCUGUGCAAAAACUGAAGAGGAGGAGGGACAAAGUACCGAGGAGGAUACACAGUUGUACCAUGGGCUUGGUGUAUGCAAGUGGUUUAAUGUACGAAUGGGAUUCGGCUUCUUAUCCAUGAGCACACAGGAGAGCAAGCCUCUAGAAGCUCCCAUUGAUGUGUUUGUCCAUCAGAGUAAGCUGCACAUGGAAGGCUUUCGGAGUCUGAAAGAGGGCGAGGCUGUGGAGUUCGCCUUCAAGAAGUCCUCCAAGGGUCUGGAGUGUGUGUGGGUGACGGGGCCCGGGGGAGCCCACUGUGUGGGCAGCGAGAGGAGACCCAAAGGCAAGAGUACUCAGAAACGUCGCUCCAAAGGGGAUAGGUGCUAUAAUUGUGGAGGUUUGGACCACCACGCAAAGGAGUGCAAGUUGCCUCCUCAGCCAAAGAAGUGCCAUUUUUGCCAGAGUGUCAUGCACAUGGUUGCCAGCUGCCCAAUCAAAGCACAGCAGUCAUCAUCAGGCUCUCAGGUAAAGACUUCCUCUCUGAAGGGGCAGGAAGAGCAGCAGAGCCAUCCCCCUGCACAUACUGAGACUACCGACUGA